UGACCGAGUCCGAUUAUCCCGUUUAAUCAACGCCGACAAAGCUCGAGUCUUCCGCAAGUCUCAAUCAAAUUUUCCACACCCAAAUUGUCGUCGCCGACCACUGAAAAGGAACAAACUCGACCUCAGUCAUCAAUCAUGGGAAUGCAUAACCCAUGCCUGCUCAUUUAAAGCUUUAUUUACCUUAAUAAAGCCCCCUUCAAUGGCGUUUAUGACCUCACCAGUCAGCAUGUGCUUUCAAUUAGGCGCCACGCUUUUAUUCAAAAAGCUACCCUCGACGUGGGUCCCGAAUUAGCUGGAUGAUAAAGGGGUCAAAAUAAAGUUGAUUAGCAUAUUCUGUGAGUUGUUUCAUUUGGGUGUCAACUCACACCUACAUUCCUUCGAUCUUCAAUUGGGGGUUUCCGCGUUCGAUUUGAAGUUCUUGAUUCUGUCAGAAGAAGCCACAAUCAAGAUCAUGUUUAAUGCUUUCUGAAGAAUGAAAUAUGGGAUCCAACAAAGUUAUUGAUUUGGAACUUCAGGGUGCAGGAUCAAAGCUUGGCUUAGAAAUCUGGUGUGUAGAGAACCUCCGUUUAGUUUCAGUGCCCCAAUCUUCACAUGGGAAAUUCUUCUCAGGGAGUGCAUAUGUAGUUCUCCAUACAACUUUGCUUAAAAGUGGUGCCCUUCAACACGACAUACAUUAUUGGCUGGGCAACAAUGCUAAUGAGGUUGACUCAACUCUAGCAUCGGAUAAAGCACUUGAACUAGAUGCAGCAUUAGGGUCUCAAUCUGUACAAUAUAAAGAAGUUGAAGGGCAAGUACACUCAAAACCUCCAACUUAUGAAACCAGAUUGUUAACAUGCAGGGGAGAUCGUGUAGUGCAUGUGAAAGAAGUGGCAUUCUCCCGUUCGUCCUUGAACCACCGUGAUGUAUUCAUACUUGACACUGCAUCAAAAAUUUUCCACUUUAGUGGUUGUAACUCGAGUAUACAAGAAAGAGCUAAAGCAUUGGAAGUGGUUCAGUAUAUUAAAGAAUAUAAACACAAGGGCAAUUGUGAAGUAGCAGCCAUAGAGGAUGGAAAGUUUGUUGGUGAUGCUGAAGUGGGAGAAUUCUGGAACUUUUUUGGUGGUUAUGCCCCUAUUCCCAAGGACCCACCCUCCACUCAAGAACAGCCUCAAAGUUUAUCUGUUAAAUUAUUUUGGAUAACUCUUCAAGGAAAGUUCACUCAAAGUGGAAGUGGGAGGUUGAAAAGGUCAAUGCUUGAGUCAAACAAGUGCUACAUGUUGGAUGCUGAUACUCAAAUUUUUGUUUGGAUGGGAAGAACUACCCAUAUAACAGAACGCAAAACAUCAAUUUCAGCAGCAGAGGAUUUUCUUCGUGCUCAAGAAAGACCUGUAAAUACCCAUUUAGCCUUUUUGACAGAAGGUGCAGAAACUGCUAUUUUUAAGUCAUAUUUUGAUGAUUGGCCUCAAACAGUGGCACCUAAACUUUAUGAAGAAGGCCGAGGGAAAGUAGCAGCAAUGUUCAAGCAAACGGGGUAUGAUGUGGAGGAGAUUCCUGAUGAAGAUGACAAGUCACAUAUCGAUUGUAAUGGUACACUAAAGGUUUGGAGGGUAAAUAAUGGUAAAUUGUCCCCUGUUCCUGUUGUGGAACAGAGAAAGCUUUAUAGUGGAGAUUGCUAUACUGUGCAGUAUAUAUAUUCAACCAAUGGAAGAGAGGAACGUCUAUUUUAUAUUUGGCUUGGAAACAAGAGUUGUGUGGAAGAUAGGGAGGAUGCGAUUUCUCUUACAAGUGGUCUUGUUGAUUCAACUAAAUUUGAGCCAGUUUUGGCUCGAAUUGUUGAGAACAAGGAACCGAGUCAAUUCUUUUUGAUAUUUCAGACGCUUAUUAUGUUUAAGGGUGGUAUGGGUUCUCGAUAUAAAUCAUUUAUUGCUGAAAAAGGUCUCGAUGAUGAAACUUAUGAUAAUAAAAAAACCGCCCUUUUCAAAAUUCAAGGAACAAAUCGUGACAAUAUGCAGGCUAUCCAAGUUGAUCAAGUUUCUCGAUCUUUAAACUCAUCAUGCUGCUACAUUUUAAAGGCUCGUGAUGGAUCUAUCUUCACUUGGCUAGGAAAUCUCUCCACUACACGAGAUCAUGAUCUUUUGUAUGGAAUGUUAGAUUUGAUAAAUCCAACAUGGCAACCUAUAUUAGUAAGGGAAGGUAGCGAACCAGAUGUUUUCUGGGAAACACUUGGUGGAAAGACUGAAUAUCCAAAAGAGAAAGAUAUAAAACGAUUCGUUGAAGAUCCACAUUUGUUUGUUUCUACAUACACAAAAGAUGCAAGUGAUCUCAAGGUGAAAGAGAUAUUCAAUUUUACACAGGAUGAUUUAACUACUGAAGAUGUGUUGGUACUCGAUUGCUACUCUGAAAUUUUUGUGUGGGUUGGUCACAAUACGGUUGUUAAGUCAAAACAACAAGCCCUUUCUAUUGGCUUGGCUUUUCUCAAGAAAGAUGUUUUGGGAGAAGGCUUAUCCAUGGAUGCUCCUACAUAUGUUGUUUCAGAAGGGCAUGAACCACCUUUUUUCACCCGUUUCUUUGAAUGGGAUGCUUCAAAGGCAAAUAUGCUUGGCAACUCAUUUGAACGAAAGCUUGCAAUUUUAAAAGGCCAAUCACAGAAACUCGAAGCGCCUUUGAGAAAUUCAAAUAAUUUCAACACGAAAGAGACGACUCCAAGAAGACCAUCUCCAACUCCAAACGGGUUUAGAAGACCAUCUCCAACUCCAAACGGGUCAAGAAGACCGUCUCCGGGACCCACCCCUAACGGGUUGACUCGGAGACAGUCGCUUGACUCAUACACGAUUAGAAGCACAUCAUCUGAUGCUUUUUCAAGGCCCGAUUUUAAUAAUAAUAAUAAUAAUACCACGAAAAAUCGUCGAUUUUCUAGUCCUCCAAUUCCCAGAAUGUUCCCUUCAGCAUCUUCCCCUGAUGUUCGCACUGCAGAUAAGACACCGAGUCUUCCCUCUAAAGAUUCUAGUCCCAUUCCCAGUCAAGAUGGUGUAAAAUUGGUCAACUAUCCAUACGAACGGGUGAAAGUCAACUCAAAAGAUCCAGUUCCAGACAUAGACAUUACAAAGAGAGAGGCGUAUUUAACUGAAGAGGAGUUUGAAGAGAAAUUCUCCAUGCCAAAAACAGCUUUUUACCAGCUUCCAAGGUGGAAACAAAACAAAAUCAAGAUGUCUCUUUAUCUCUUCUAGACCUUCAUCAUUUUUUUUUGUAUGAUUAAAUGGUUUGUAAUAUGAUUGCGUUUGUAGUUAAGCGUGUUUGUGUUUGGACCAGAUGACUAUUAUUUAUAAGUCAUUUGUUGUUUGUAUAUUUUGAUUUGAUGCUCAGGAGAUACCCAAACAAAACCAUAAUUAUCCGAGUCAAGUUGAGUCUAGUUGAUUAAAUUGGACGGAUGUACUACUAUUACACAAUAUCGGUGUGUUUUUUUGGGUGUAUUAUAUUUAUGCCCAAGUGAUAUAAUAACAUUUGAGGGGGUGUUUCGGAUUGCUUAUUCAAAACAACUUAUUUAUUUUUUUAUGAAAG